GUAUUUAUUACAGGAAGCAGGAUCACAGCUGCUUCCUUUCAUGAGUUAAAUCAGUUUAAUGCUGCUUAUGCUUCUUGCAAACACUAAAGAGUUUAUCGGAGGCAUUAAUACGAGGAUGUGACGCAUGCGCUGUAGGCAUGUCUGCGCUAAUGGUGGAACGCAGGAGCCGCGGGCGGAGUCAGGCUGUUUGCAUGUUAAAAGCAUGUAGCUUUUUCUUCAUUGGUCCAUGCCGUCAGGAUGCUGAGCAUAUUGACGCCGAGCAGGCGGGGCCAAGGAGGCUGACAAGCGGGAUGCUCCACUCCAGCAGCCGAUGAUGCGGAGGAAGCAAAUAUUCAAUACAUUGAAUUAGAAAAGAUACAUUUUAGUUUUUCUGUCGAAGUGGUCCUGCCGCUUGGUGACGUAAUCAUCCUCGCCAUCUGCGCUGCGAUGCUGAGACGACGUGACGCUCCACGGAGGGGUCGAGGGCCGAGUGAAAGCUGAUGAUAUGCGGGGAACGAGGCCCACAGGACGUACUGAAGGGGAACAAAGCACCGGUUCAAUCAACGUUUUGCACACUGGCAGCCAAAGAUGGUGGACCCCUGCGAGGCCGAGGAGCAGACCAAGUCCAUUGGCCCCCCACUCUGCACCCCCACGCUGGCCUCUGAAGACCACCGCUUGCCAGAUCAGGCCGAUGGCGCCACCACAGAGGAGGAAGGAGACGCUUGCUUUCAGACACCGCCCUCAGGCAGCUGUGAGCCGAGCCCCUGUCACGUCGCAUCCGUGGCGGUUACAGACAGCUCAGUUCCAGACGGCUCGGUUCAGGUGGCGGUUCAGCCUCAACCGUCACAGCCCGAUGACGAUCUGUCUCCCAAAUUGCACCUGGAUCUGUACAACUUUGACUCCCCGGCUGCUGAGGGCAGCCGCUAUGUGCUGACCAGCCCUCGCUCCCUGGAGGCGUGCGCCCGCUGCAGCGUCAAGCCUGUUGAGCUGCUGCCCCGCCCGCUCUCAGACUUCGCUCGCGAGGCACCGGGUCGCUCCAUGCGGGUGGCAACUGGCCUAUUUGAAGUGUACGAGAGGGAGCGUCACACCAAGCUGAGGCACUGCAGGGAGGAGAGGGAGCGCAUCAUCAGGGAGGAGAAAAGGAGGGCCAUGCAGGCGGCAGUCAAUAGCUGUGCUGCCUCUUCCUCGAUGGAGCAGCACCAAGUUUUCUCUGGUUCCUCUCAGCCUCCUAAACCUGUGACCUCCAGUUCUGAUUUUGGAUCCACCCCUCAAGUACCAGCAUCUAAAGCAGGAACACCUCUCGAAUCUAAAGUUCCUGGAUCCACCAAAGCAGGCUUCUUGGGUCCCAAGCAGUCCUCAUCCUCGUAUGAACAAGCUAAAACCACAAGACCACUGUCAAGUGGUCCUCCAACGGUAGUCCGGAAGCCCUCUGGCAGCAAAUCCUCAAACACUUUCCCCAGACCGACAUCGAAACCCCCAACCUUCGUUCGAGCCAAGUCCACCUUGACGUCAUCAGUGUCGAAACCUCACAGCGCCGGCACGCCACUUAACGGUGGGUUCUCCAAGCACAAUGGACACUUCCAUCCGAAAGUGCGAGUUAAAAGUCACUCCAUGGAGUCCCUGCAGAGAAGGAUGGAGCCCUCCUCCACCUCUAACACUACAACUUGCACCUCCUCAGAGUCUGGCGCAUCAUCGUCAUACAGUUGGGACGGUCCGAGGGACCACUGGGCCAAAACGUCCAGCCCCCGCGCUCGGACCUUGGCCACUUUCAACUCCCUGAUGGGCCGCAGCCUCAGCCUGGGUGACCUGAGCCACUCCCCUCAGACCACGCAAAAGGUGGAGCGCAUCGUCAAAGAGGUGAAGCGGAGAGGCCUGAACGCCGUGUCGGAGCGCGACCGCAAGAUCGCAGCGUUGAUGCUGGCCAGGUAUCAGGAGGAGGACAUUAUGAGCCAGACCCGCUACGUGGCCCAUCUCCAGUGGGACAGCGAGCGCAGGAUGGAGGAGCUGCGGCGUGAGCAGGAGGAGCGGGACAAGCAGCGGGCAGUCAUGGAGUACCAGCGCUUGUGGCAGACACAGGUGUCCAUACGGCAGCGCAGGCUCAGCCAGCAGGAGCGACGCUCGGCUGCCGCCAAGCUGCGCCAAGCCGAGGAGAGCGAAAAACACUGGAAGGAGUUAGCAGAGCAGCAGGAGCGCCACCGCCUGCAGAGGCUGCAGCAGGCAGCACGUGAGGAGAAGCACAAGAAGACCCUGCAGGAGCAGAACCUGAAGGCCCUCGAGGAGGAGCGGGCGGCCGUGCUGGAGCAGGAACGGCUGCUGCUGAAGGAGAAGCUCACUAUGGCCGAGCUGAAGAGGCAGGAGAAGGAGCACCAGGCCCAGGAGGAGAGAAGAGGCCUCAACAAGGCGGAGAGGAGGCGCCAUGCCGCCCUGAUCCAGGAGAUCGCUCGGCGGGAGCAGGAGGAGCGGGAGGAGGCCAAGAGGACAGCGGAUGAGAAGCUGAGCCGCUCCCUAGAGAACUACGAGCAGCUGGUGGAGCGGCGAGGCCAGGAGCUGAAGGAGAAGGCCAAGCGUGAGGAAAAGCAGAUCCAACGCGCCCGCAAGGCUGCUGAGAAGCGCGAGAGGCAGCAGCAGCAGCAGCUGGAGGCCCGUGUCAAAGAGGCUGAGAAGCGGGCCCGGCAGGCCGCGCUGGUGGCCGAGGAGCGCGCCAAGGAGAAGGCCCAGCGUGCCGUCCAGUCCCGGCAGGAGAAGGAGCGCCUGCAGAGGCUUAACCGGCAGCGCGUGGAGGACGAAGAGAGGCAACGCCGCAUGGAGCUGCUACAGUCCAUUGAGAGGAAAUUGGAGAAAAGCGAGCAGAUCUUCAAGGAGAAGCGAGCCGUGCUGGAGAGUGCUCGCUCUGUCGCCCGCGCAUCCUUUCACGUGCGCGACAAGGUGCGCGAGGAGACCAAUAUGCGCACUUUUGACAAAAUGGCACUGGAAGCUCAGCUCAAAGCCGGCCUGGAUGACAAGUAGAUGUCAGCUUUACCUUUUUCCCCCCCCAAACUAAACAUCCCCUUACAUCUCAACACCACCAGGAAUCAAACCCGAUCCAAAUUUUCUAGUGAAGAAACAAGCCUUCCCUCCAUGACAACUACUGAGGCUUUUAAAGGAGAACUCUUGCAAGCCACCCGGAGCUUUACACACUUAUAGAAAAGGGAGGAAUUGUUGCGUAAAAUAGGGCUCCUGGCUGGACUGGUACUCAAGAUGAAUCACCAGGUGGCCUCCUCCCUCCCUCCUUUCUUCCAUCCUCUCUUCCAGCCGCCUACAUGCUCAUCUUAACAGGUCCACAAGAUGAACCUCCAGACGUCCCCUAGCAGGACUCUCCUUCUUUCUUCCUUCCACUCACAGCCCAAAAAGUUUGACCUUCAUGGAUGAGACGCAACCCGCAAGGUUUCAAAGACAGCUUUUUGAGCAUCAAAGCAGUGGGGUCCACAACAUCUUCCCUAUCUGCACCCCCAUCCCUCCCCCAAAUGUUCAACUUAUCUUGAAGUACACAAGUUGAGGUGUGGCCAAAAUUAAAAUAGUCGCCGCCCGAAAACAAUCAAAAACCAAAAUAAAAGAUUUUUUUGUCUUUCCAAGAUAGAUUUGCGUGGUCUGUGCUAUGUGCGGAAUUAUGGGUGCUGGCUUGGAAUGCAACUUCCUGUCUCCCCCAGUAUGUAAAAAAAAAAAAAACUAAGACAGUGUUACCUCUGUUUUCGUUCAGAAUUAGUUCCAAAAACGUCAGCCGAAAACCGAAUCGUACGAAAACUGAAGCAACUUUUCACAUAAGAAAUCAUGUAAAUCCAAUGAAUCCGUUCCAGAUACCCAAAAAUAUUUAACACAAAACUAUAUUUUAUAGGAUAUAAUUAUAGUUUUUCAUGCAGAAAACAAUAAAAAAAAUUAUUAAAAAAAAAAUUACGAAUCAAAUGGAUAAAUGGACAUUUACUGUAUCAUUUUUACCUUCAUUCAUUCAUUUACUCAAGACUCCGGCUUCCUCCCACAUUCCAAAAGUAUGCAUGUUAGAUCAAUUGGAGACUCUAAAUUGUCCAUAGCAAUGUUACAGUAUUGUUUUUGUUUGCAACUCUUCACUUUUUACAUGGUAGUUCAUCAAAAUGUUUCGUUUUACUUACUUUUACGGCUACUUUUUUGGAAUUGUGGUUUCUUUUCUCUGCCGUUCUUCAAAUAAACCCAUUACUAUUGUAUUAGAAAUGUAAAUUUCACAUUUUGCUCAGCGAGUCCAUUGUCUCUAUUGUUUAGAAGCACAAAAAUAACCUUAUUGAAUUUUUUUGCAGUAAUGUAAGGGAUUGAGAAAACAACUUAGCACUGGAGGUUCUGGUAUCUUGUGUGCGGAUGAUCUAAAGUAGUGUUUCCACAGUAUUUCAUGAAAGGUGAGUCAUUUGAAGCAAAGAUUCAGAAGUGCUAUGAUGUGACACACAAUGCAAUAGGGGUGUAACGAUUGGUCUACUACAGCGAUGUAUCGAUUUAUAUUCCUAUAUCCAACUAUCCAUCUAUUCCAGAUCCAACUACAUCGAGCUGUGUUCGGCAAGUUGCCAUUCCGGACAACAUAUAUCGAUCUAACAUGGUUUAAAAGGUAAUCAAUUGCAUCGAUACUAGGAAAUAAAGCACUGGAUUUAAGUGCAGCAGGCUUUAUAUGGAUGUGUUUUUUUAGCACUUUUAAUGAUAAAGAAGUUAAACAUUACUCGAUUCAGCCUGCCUGUCUAUGAUGUCAUCUCCACGCGCCAGCAGACCAUGAAACGUAGCACGGCGGAUGGCAGCAGACAAGCCGGCGAGCGAGAAAUAAUUAAGCCACCAUUGCCGUCCAGUGUGUGGAAACACUUUGGUUUUGCAAAGAGGGAGAUGUUCUAAAUAAGUCGCUCGCUGUUUGGAGGAUAUGUAAAUACCACGGCAAGACAACAAAUCUAAGGCGGCAUGGGAUUUCACACCGUCCAAGCACCUCUCUUUCACGCUGCAGCAGCAGCGCAAAGUAACGUCAGUAUCACAGUUGGCUCAGGCACGGCAGCAGGGCGGCAAUGACAGUCAGCUCUUACUGCACUUACUGGACUUUUAUUGAAAAUUCAUGCAGAAAAGGUUAAGCUCGUGUUAAUUCAGCCUGAAGUGUUGGUUCCACUUUAUUCAAAUAAAAUGUGAAUGCAUUGCCAUUAAUUGUUGUUUCCUUGUUUGUUUAUCAGAUUGGAUCGUUCUAAAUGAACCAAUAUCCUCGUGGGAUCCUAUCGGCAACCACGAAUCAUGAUGCGAAUCAAAUCGUUAUUAAAACAAAUCGUUACACCCCUACAAUUCAAGGUUGUGAACAAAUGGUUGGGCUGUGUUACCAGUGCUGGCAGUUAUGAGGUUUGGAUCUAGAGUCUUGAAAGUAGAGCAAGAACUUCUGAGGUUAGUGCCAAAGUGACUUUUAAAAACUGCAAAGUGUCCUCUGGGUCACAUGUGUACCUCUUAGGAGUUAAACGGUGUGCCCUAAUAAAAGAACUACAAUCUUGCCUAACUCAUUUCUCUUCAGCCCGUCAUGACACAAACAUCGACAAUAAUCAGUUCCGUGCUGGGCGGACUGGGGGCGUGACGUUUUUCAUCCCCACAGA